AUGACUGCCCUCAGCCCCCUUGAAAGCCCCCCGGGGCAGCAGCAGCAGCAGCAGCAGCAGCAGCAGCAGCAACAGCAGCAGCAGCAGCAGCAGCAGCAGCAACCUCUAUCAACAGCAGCACAUGAUGGGGUCACCUCAUCUCCAAUGCAAGCCAGCAGCAGCAGCAGCAGCAGCAGCAACACCACCACCAGCAGCAACACCACCAACAGCAACAGCAGCAGCAACAACAACGGCACCAGCACCAGCAGCAGCAGCAGCAGCACCAGCAGCAGCAGCAGCAGCAGCAGCAGCAGCAGCAGCAGCGAUGACUUGUUUGCGUUGCGGUCAGUGACGGCCUUCCCGCAGCCUUUUGCUGCUCCCCCGCCUUUCUUCGUUCCAGGCCCUGAGGAUGCGAGGUCCUAA